CGAGGCGGCUCCACUCUGAGGCCAGGCAGGUGCCUGACAGGUAAGAAUGGCUUCAGGAGAGAAGUGGAAAAGCUUGGCUUCUAAACAGCCUGGCAAGGCUGAAGGGGCUGGUGAAGAGGAAGCCCGUGUGCCUCUGAGCCUGCAGCUGGACCAACCGGGAAGAUUUGCUUGUGCAGCGCUCUGUGGGAUAUCCCUAGCCUGGCUGUUCCCUGGAGAGGAGCAAAGCUCCUUCAGGACGGACUUCAUUAAGGGCUUUGUGAAAUGGCUGGACCUCCCUGGAACUGUCUUACCUGCCAUGACAGCAUUUGCUAGUGGCUUAGGAGGUGAGAGCGCAGAAACUUUUGCUGAAAUCUUGCUGAAGGAUCGUUUCUUGAGAGAAAAUCCAGUUGUCAUUACCCAAGACCUUCUGUCCUUCUCUCUUAGAGAUGGGUACUAUGAUGCUCGAGCAAGGGUGUUGAUCUGCCACAUCACCUGGCUGCUGAGAAUCCCUUUGGAAGAGCUGGAAGCCCUGGAGGAAUCUCUGGUUGAGAGCCUGAAGGAACAAAAAGAGGAAGAGUCUGAAAAUGCAGAGUUAUUGAGAAAAAAGAAGGAAAGAACAAAAAAGCUGAAGAGAUACCUGCUGAUUGGGUUGGCAACCGUUGGAGGUGGAACAGCGAUCGGCUUGACAGGAGGUCUUGCUGCCCCUCUGGUUGCUGCGGGAGCUGCUGCUGUCAUCGGGAGUGCUGGAGCAGCUGCUUUGGGUUCGACUGCUGGGAUUGCUGUCAUGGCAUCGCUCUUUGGAGCAGCUGGAGCUGGGCUGACUGGAUACAAGAUGAAGAAGCGUGUGGGAGCAAUAGAAGAGUUUGAAUUCCUCCCACUUACUGAAGGAAAGCAGCUUCGUAUCACCAUAGCAAUUACUGGAUGGCUGUGCACUGGCAAAUAUGGGAGCUUUACAGCACCAUGGAGCAGCAUGCUGCACUCCAGUGAGCAGUAUUGUUUGGCCUGGGAAUCCAAGUAUUUGAUGGAGCUUGGCAAUGCCUUAGAUUCCCUGCUGAAUGGUUUUAUGAACCUGAUGGCUCAAGAAGCCCUAAAAUUCACUGUCUUGUCAGGUGUUGUGGCAGCCUUGACUUGGCCAGCUUCACUCUUGACUGUGGCCAAUGUCAUUGACAACCCCUGGGGAGUGUGUCUCCAUCGGUCUGCUGAGGUGGGAAAACACUUAGCAAGGAUCCUGCUCAGUCGACAGCAGGGCAAGCGACCUGUCUCACUGAUUGGCUUUAGUCUGGGUGCAAGAGUCAUUUACUUCUGCCUGCAGGAAAUGGCUCAAGAAGAAGACUCUCAAGGGAUCAUUGAAGAUGUGGUCUUACUGGGAGCUCCAGUGGAAGGAGAAGCCAAGCACUGGAAAGCUCUGAUGAAGGUGGUGUCGGGCAGGAUCAUAAAUGGUUAUUGCAGGGGGGACUGGCUGCUGAGGUUUGUCUACAGAACCUCCUCUGUCCAGAUCAAAGUUGCAGGCCUCCAGCCAGUUGACCUGGAUUGCAGGAGGAUGGCAAACAUGGACCUUUCAUCUGUAGUAAAUGGCCACCUGGACUACAUGAAGCAAAUGGACACCAUCCUAAAAGCUGUGGGCAUUAAAACCAAGGACAGCCAUCUGGAAGAGAAGGGCAGCAGUGGUCUUUCCUUCCCUCUAUCCAAGAAAUCCCAGCAGGCAGCAGGCAGCCAGACUGGGAAAGAGGCAAACUCAGUGCAAGAGGAGGAUGUAGCUGAUGUUGAAGCUCUCCCAGCCAUCCACACUCACCACCAGGAUUCUCCCAGCUGCCUCCAGGGAGGAACCUUGCUCCCCUGCCCAGACUGUGCACAGAGCAGGGAACAGGCAGCAGGUGAAGCUGUGGAUUAGAGCUCUUCAUGUUGGGCAGUGGUGCUCAGCCAAUACUAAAACUGCUGUCAAAGCACUGCCCAUUGCACUGGGAUUCCCAAAGGAGCUGUUGGUUGAGCUGACAGAGCUGUAGGUGCAGUUUUCAGAGCCUGGAGUCAGUCACUGGAUCAAACCUUUCGGAGCAGCCACCCACAGCAUCACCCACAGAUGAGAAUGGGCUGACUCCUGCCUGACUCAGUGGUGCUCCUCAGGAAGCAGUGCCACUACCCUCCUGGGUUUGUUCUGGAGGGAAGCAGCUGUCACCAUGAGGGGCUGUGCCUCUGCUAUGUCACUCGUGGGAAAGCAGGUGGCUCUGUGGGUAUUUUUAAGCCUGUCAUGAAGAAGGGCUCAUUAGUAGGACAUUAAAACCAGUUUUCCACCAGCAGG